GGCAGCUGGAGUGGCAGUGUGGCAGCAAGGGUAAUCCAUAGCGAGGAACAGAAAUUAAAUGCCAUCAGGAUUGGACAAUCAUUUUUUUGCCCUUCAAAAAGUGUCGGAAAAGUGCUGAAAAUGGAGCCGUAAUCGUUGCCUACUUUCGAGCGCUGCGCGAGUGACAUAAUUGCCCCGGCCCGGACCGAUGAGAACGGAAACCUUAAAGAUUAGUGCAAAUCGGCAAGGGAUUCACGCCAUGUCGGACCACACAUAACAUCGCCUUCCGAUCCCAUCACCCCACACGUGUACCCCUCUCCGUUGGGGGUUUUUCCUGCCUGCAAAUCGAUUUCUGUUUCCGGCAUUUUUCACGUGGCUGCUGGUGCCGCCCCCCGCCCCGUCCGCGUCUGUCCGCAUUGCCAUCCGAUUCCGUGCAGUUUUCGGUUGUUGUUUUUGUUGCUGCCUAACGAUUUUUCCCACAAAAACAACACACGGCGAAACGUGGCACGGACACAGAGUGAGACGGAGCGUUACAGCGAUUGAGAGAGAGUGGGAGAGAGCGAGAACGAGAGCACUCCGGACUCUUGGGGGCAUCGUAAAUCGUAAACAGUUUUGCCCCAGCUGAAAGUAACAGUCGUCGGUCGGUCGUUCGGGGCGAGGGGGUUUAUGGGAAUCGCUAUGGAUUUCCUGCCUCUGGCCUGUAUUUCGGUAGUUCUCUGCCUCUGCCUCUGCCUCGGCCACCACUUCCCCUGAACCCCUGACUUGGUGUGGGCGGUGCGGUGCGAUAUUUGGGGGCCGGGCCUGCCUCUUCGUUUCGGAUUCAGUUUCGGUUUCAGUCAGUCAGCUGCUGCUUUCCACGUGCCACGUGUCGCAUGAGUAAUGCUUUUCAUUUUUGGAGAAAUUUCGCCUCUUGCAGUCGCCUCCCAACUCACGCCAUUACCAACGAAAAUCCAACAACUGAAUAAACAAUAAACUAAACAUAUAAAAAACUAUUAUCAAAGACUGUUUCAACAAUAUCCAAAUCAGGCUUCUAUCUCUUAAUUAAAUAAUCAGUUAAUCGAAUAGAAAUAGUGCUUAAAUCAAUUGCAAAAACAAGUGUUCAAAAUUCGAAAAUCAAUUUGUAAUCCAGAAAGGAAAACCACUCGAAAGCGAAUUCAACGAAAAUCGAUUUCUAAAUGUUAGCGCGGUUUGAAUUUAACAGAGAAACGUAGACGAAAUACGAAUGCAAAUUAGAUGCAAAAUAAAUGGGUAAAAUGAGGUCAAGUAAAUACGAUGUUACCACAGCUUACGGUCUAUGCCAAGAUUAUUUACCUCCUGAUGGUGGUGAUUUCAGGUGCAUUAUGUACAGUAGAAGAUUACGUAAUAAUGUCACAGUGUGCACACAACAAAGCCAUACACCUAGCUGCGGCAGGAACAGUCUCAGUGACAGACAUUUCACAGAUACAAAAUAUAACGAUAGUCGGCCUCCCGGAUUAUGUGAACAACGAAUUCAAAAUAGCACUGUACGCAAAAGAAACCCAAAGAUAUUUGUGUUUCAACGACAAUUGGAGAUUAGUUGGCAUGAGGGAACUGCGCGAUACCUGCUACUUCAACGAGACGAUCGUGCACGGUUAUUUCGUGUUCCGGUCCGUUGUCGACCUGCAGCGCCGUGUCGGGUUCACGCACCGAGGUAAGCCCGUUGGGCCAAAGAAGAGCGUCAACGAUGCCUGCUACAUGUUCAAUAAGAUCGAUGCCGAGCAGUUUUUCCAUCAGCACACGUUACCAAAAUGGCACGAGAUGGCCGCCAGUCAGAUGAUAGCCAGCAAUGGAAAUGGCAAUGGCAGUGGCAAUGGCAGUGGCAGUGGCAACAGCCGAAAGCCAUUGACAUCGCCGUCGCGCAGCAACAAAAACAAUCGCCACAAAUCGAAUAACCAAAAUCAAAAGUUGCAGCCGCAACAGGAGCAUCAUGGCCAUAAUAAUAAUAAUAAUAACAGUAACAUUAUUAUUAACAAUAGUAGUAAUAGUCUAAGUAGCACUAACAAAAAGCAAUUAGCAUUAAAUCGACAGAAGCAGCAGAAACAACAGCAGCAACAGCAGCAGCAACAUCAGGUGCGCCACCAUCACAAUGAUCCUUCGCUGCUGGCACGCAGGCAGCAGCACGACAAGAAGCAGAAGCGACGACGCAAGGAGCAAUUGCAGCAACGAGUCACAGCUAGUCCAACGAAACGAAUGACUGCAACAGCCACAGCCACAGCAGCAACAUCCACAAGCACCACAUCAAGCACUGCAACAACCAAAUGGUCAACAGCCACACUGUCCAUCAAGCGCAAGGGAAGACGAAGAAAGGGUCACAAGCCAAAGGCCAAGCCGGUCACGACUGCAACAUCAACAUCCUCUGACGACUCCUUCUACAGCAGCAGCAGCAGCAGCAGCAGCAGCAUGGGCUACGAGGAUCCCUACAAUGUCAGCAGCAGCAGCAUCACCACCUUGGAGCCCUGGUCCACUUGGUCCACCAUUGAUAGCUUUACGCCAGAUGUUUCAAGUGUCAGUGGCAGCAGCAGCAGCACAACGGCAACAUCAGACGACAGUAUUAGCAGCAGCAGCAGCAGCAACUACGAUGCCUGGUCCACAUUCAUCACGGAGCUGGAGAGCGAAGCCUCCGCGGGCACCACUACGACAGAGAUGAGUGGCAACGACACGGAGCUGCUGCUGCAUUACGAGGCAGAGCUGGUGGAGGAUGCAGAGCCAGUGUCCACGACGGACUAUGAAACCAAAGGAACAGCAGCAGCAAUAGCGGCGACGGCAACGGCGACAGCGGCCACAACUACCUCGACAGCAGGCUCCCAGCUGGUGAUAGAGCAGACGCCGCUGCAGCAAGAGAUGGCCAGGAGCAGCACAGCAGCCACCAGAGGAGCCGCCACGCCAACGGCAGCCACAACUCUCGCCAGUCAGACUGAUCUUGCACCGAGCACGCAUAAGCUGAGCAGACAUCGUGGCAGUGGCAGUGGGACUGGCAGCAUGGAGAACAGCAGGCAGUGGCUGCAGGAAGGCGACAAUAAGCUGCCCAAGCAACUGCUGCCACUGCAGCCGCCCACUGGCAGCACGCGAGUACCUUCGGCGACAACGCACAGGUGGAGGCCAGGCUCCAGUGCGGCAGCCACAGCCACAGCCACAUCCACUGUGGAGAGCAUGGCAACGACGCCUCAGCAGCAUGGGCUCAUCGACAAGAUCUUCAGCGUGUACAAGAACAUCAACAGCAACCUGAACAACACCCUCACCGAGGCCUCGCCAACAGUCGACACAAUAAGCACCGUCACGGCGGCAACCAGCACCACCACCAAGAAAUCCCUACGCAAGUCCACACAGAAGCUGAUGGCCACGCCCUACCACCAGCUGACCUACGUGCGCAAUGAGGCGGGCGACAUUGACAUCGACAACUUGGACAAUAUCAGCGUCUAUCCGGAUCUCUUCGAGGGGGAACUGGACGUCAGCGACAGCGGCAAUGGCAACGGGUCCACCAACAGCAACAGUCGCCUCACCUUUGUCAGCGGCUAUCUGGCCACCUCGCCCACAUCCGUGCUGCCCGAGUCGAUACGGAUCGCCAAGAUAAAGAUCAACAACGAGCGCCGGCGGCUGCAACUGCACAGCAGCCAGCGGAGAUUCGCGUAGUACCAUCAAUUUUGGAGUUUGCCCAGACGAUAUAUUGUUGUAUACCUAUACUCAGAACAGUUUUCAAAUGAAUUUAGGCACGAAAAUAAAACAGAAUUAUGGAUAAAUAUUUGCGACUUAUAUUGAACUGAUACAUAUACAUAUAUAAAGAGCGAUCGAUACUCGUAUAUGGUAUACCUAUAUGGGGAGUUGCUUACUGUUCAGUACCUCAGCUCAGCUCCAGACAGAAGUUUUGCACUUGCACGCCUUAAAGCACGCUACAGAAGCGGUUGCGGGAAUGGGAAUUACGGACACCAGAUGACCAUAACUCAACCAUAGCGGGGGGGGGCACCGAAUGGAAAGAACUCGCAGAACUGCUACAUAGUUAUAAAUGAAAAGACAAUAAGAUUUUUAUUUACGAGUAUGUGCUAUAUAAGCUAACAAAACGAAACGAAACGAAAUGAAAUGAAACGAAAAAGAAUCGAUAAUGAUAGCAAUAACGAUAGCGAUAGCAAUAAUCGAUUAUUGAUGUUUGAACCGUUGGAAUGGAAAAUACAAAUUGAAGAAUCAAUGUGCAUUUGCUUGUUUGGAAGAACCGAAAGGGAAGCUUCAAUCAAUUAAAUUUAUUAGCAAUGAGAAUUAAUAAAAGCAAAUUCUUAACAAAAAUCGAUAUUUAUAUAUAUUAAUUAACUAAUAUAUGCAUAUAUUUUCAAAAUUUUAUAAUGAACGAAAACCAAUUGCAAUUAGAAAACAAAUUGAACGAACGAAACACAAAAACAAAAACCAAAAACCCAUGAAGACGUUUUUUAAAUUCAUACGCAAGCAGAAACUAAGAGUCAAUGACGAUAACGAUAACAAUGUCGCACAGCAAAACACUUCCAAUUACCAAAAAAAAAAAAAAAACAAGAAAUAAAAGCGAAAAAGUAAAAAAAUGUUUAGAAUUCAAUAAAUCAAUAUUUAACAAUUUUACUAGGCACCCAGCGAAACGAAAUUGGACAGAACGAGGCGAGGAGCUCUCCAUUCAGAUUAAACCGAAUUUUUUAAGCAAAAUGCAGAAAGUUGUUGAAAUUGUCAGCCUGUCAAAUCGAUUUUAGAGGGUAAUAAUACAGACGAGUAAUGUGAGCGAGGGAAUGAGGAAUGAGGAGAACAAACCUAGAUCAAUGGAACAUUUUAAGGAACUAUUAACGCAUGCACAAGAGUGCUUUGUGCUGCGACAGAAACACCAAAAUUCACACUGAAUAAGCAAACGUUAUAUUUAAUAACUGAAUAUGAAACUAAAACUAAAACUAAAGCUAAGCAAAUCGAAUCAAAAUAGCAACAACAAAAAGAACAAAUCAGCUGCUUUUCUACAUAUACAAACACGAAACACAUGCACAUAUAUAUUGUAUGUAUAAUGAAGAGGCAUCGAUCCUCUGAGCGAUAAUUGUUUCUCAUAUAUUUAUAUUAAUAUUUAAAGUAAAUAGUUCAAACAAAUUAGCAAACCAAAUAUGCGAAAUUAAACAAAUUUGAGGAAAAACGAGUCAAGUAAUAAAACCCAACAAAACAAAAAGAACACUGAAGCAUCAAGUUUAUACUCGUAUGUAGCGGAUAUAUAGGAAUGUAAAAAAGGAGGAAGCCCCACAAAAAAACAAAAACAAAAACAAAAACAAGAAGAA